GUAAAGAAUCCAUUUCAGAACAGAUUCAGAAUUUACUCACUAUAGAAUGUUAGAAUUAUUUCAGAAUUUGUGGGAUUUAAUUCAAAAUUAUAGUAAGCUAACCCGGGAUAGGAAUUUCUAUGAGGAACAUAUUAACUUGAUGUUUCUUAUUGGUAAAAUUAAAAUGUAGGCUUCCAACUGCCGUGGACGUGGACGUGUGAAUGAAAUUCAUAAGAGACGGUGCCAAAAGGCAGUUCGUUUCUCUACCUCGGUUCUAACAGUGUUGUGCAGCAUUUAAUAUUAACUUCGAAGCCCAGGAAUGUAAUUCAGAUUGCUGCAAAAUGCUAUGAGGACUUUAUCGAAACGUCGGUUCUACGUUGUCUUCCUACUAAUAGUUAUUUCAUCAAUAUUCAUUUUUAUAUUUGCGAACCAACGGCGUUUAAAAUGUCAGUUUACGCAUUGUUCUAUACCUCCGGAAGAGUUAGUGAAAGUAUCAGAUUCUUCAUUUACUAGUGAUAAUUUCGAUGUCGCUUAUGACGAUCACAAAUCCUUUCCUGUUGUUAUUUACAACAGAAUACCUAAAACAGGCAGUACAUCUUUGGUCAACUUAGUCUAUCGACUAAUAGCAGAAAAGCGUAUUCAUACGCAUGUGCUGCACGUGAAUAUUUCUACAAACAGACAUUAUAUAAAUCGAAUAAGUGAAUUAUAUCUUAUCCAUAAUUUAACACAUUGGAAAAGUAUGCAUCCACUAAUGAUUCAUGGUCAUUUCGCUUACAUAAAUUUCGAGAAAUAUGGAACAUCAUUUACUCCGGUAUAUAUCAAUAUGAUAAGAAAUCCUUUAGACAGAUUAGUAUCAUAUUAUUAUUUCAUACGAUAUGGUGAUGAUUACAGACCAUAUUUAAAACGUAGGCGUAUGUCGGACCCCGUCAUUCGUAACCAGACGUUUGACGAAUGUGUUCUAUUGAAAGGAAAUGACUGUAAUCCACAACUCCUUUGGGUUCAGGUACCGUUUUUUUUGUGGACAAGCUGUGUUUUGCAGAAUACCUGGUAGUCGAGCUGCUUUAGAAACUGCUAAACGACACGUUAUUGAAAAAUACCUCAUUGUUGGUUUAACAGAAAAUUUUGAUGAAAUGAUACAAAUACUUGAAGUACUCUUACCAACUUUCUUUUCAGGCGCUCAUAAAUUAAUAUCUAAUCCACAGAGCAAUUGGUAUUUAAGACGUACAAGUCAUAAACUACCUAUAAGCCAAGCAACAAUUGAGUUUUUCCAAAAAAACUCCAUAUGGCAGGUAGAACAAGAAUUUUAUGACUUCGUGAGUAAAGAAUUUCACUCACUUUACAAUAUUUAUCAAAGUCGAUCCUUACAAAAAACAUCUUUAAAAGAAAAAAUCAUUUUUGACAAAAUAAGUCCGAAAUUGAUGUGACAUAAAGAAUUUUGUAUUAUACUUUAUCUUUAUAACUGUAAAUGCUACAUGUCUGUCCUGAUUUUUUCUUCUCCUUUUUAAUUCAUCCUCGAUUGCAUUUAUAUAAAAUAAAUAAUUU